AUGAAUUGUUUGAAGGUGGUGUACCCGCAGGUGCCUGCGCUGGUCCACUACCCCCACCCGGUGCUGCGGUUGGUGGCUCAACCGGUAACCGUGUUCGACGAUGACCUGCGGCGGUUCUGCCAGGGCAUGUUCGCCUGCAUGGCCUCAUCGCGGGGCGUGGGUCUGGCGGCUCCGCAGGUGGGCGUGUCGAAGCGCAUCUUCGUGACCGACCGCCUCACCCGCUCCAAGGACCAGGUGCCCGUCGACCGGCAGGUGUGGAUCAACCCGCGCCUGGAGAACACCGGCGGCAGCUCGGUCUACAAGGAGGGCUGCCUCAGCUUUCCGGGCAUCUUCGCCGACGUGACCCGCUACAACGGCCUCGACAUCGUGGCGCAGGACGAGUGGGGCGUAGAGCGGCGGGUGGCAGGCCUGGACGUGGGCCUCGGCGACUUCCUCGGCGUCGUCGUGCAGCACGAGCUGGACCAUCUCAACGGCCGGGUCUUUGUCGAUCAUCUCACGCCACAACAAUUCGAGCUAGUGCGCGCAAGGCUGGGCGAGAUGGAGGCUGACUACAAGCAGGCCACAGGCGAAGAGGGCACCGUGAUCCGUCGCUGA